UAAACACAUGUAUAAACGUUUAGUCAGAGAGUUUGAAUCUGUCUCUCCUGACCAAAAAAGAUACUGGUUUUAUAGUAAAUAUAGUCAAUACCAUUCUAUAACUUCAUUAGAUGUUUGGACAGAUAUUCCGUUUCUGCAGGGAUUUAUCAGAUGGCUUAGUGGUCAGAAUGAUGACAAAAACUUGUGCCAUGAGAUAAAGCUUGCCUUGUUGAAUGGAGCAUGUUCUUCUGGUUCAGAAGAAUGUGCUUUAUUCCUCCUAUCGAAGGGUGUGACACCUGACGAGGAGACACCGUUUUAUGUGGUAGAGCGAGGGAGCGUGAGUGUGUCACGUAAACUACUGGAGUAUGACGUGACUCAGACAGCGAGGUUAUACAUGACACGAUCACCACAUUAUAUAGGCCUAGAUAGUAAUAUCACUGUCCUACAUGAGGCGUGUUUGUUUGAGAGAGAAGAGAUGGUGACCAUGUUGUGUAACACUUACCCACACUUGGUACACGACACUGAUGACUGGGGACACAGCACGCUCCAUUUUGUGGCACGGACAGGAAACUGUGAUAUAUUUAAAACAGCGGAGAGAGUUGUACUUGAAUCCUUGUAUAGAGUUGAGGACGAACAACAUAAAUGUGAGACAGUAGAAGGUCGUGUGGUUCACAGGAAUUGUGUGUGUGCUCCGUACGUGUGUCAGUUAGUGACUAAGCACACGGGGCAAACAGUGUUACAUUAUAGUUGUAGGAGGGGACACAUGGAGGUUUGUAAAUAUCUGUGUGAGUCGUACCCAGCACUAACUACAGCUGUAGAUAAGUACG